AUUUAGUCAAGAUGGGCAGCAAUGUGACAACUGAACAGAGGAAUAACUCCGGACAGCAGAGCAGCAAUAUGACAACUGAACAGGAGAAGUGUUAUGACCCUCAAGACACAACACUUGUAUUUGUAGAAGGAGAUGAUGAUUUAGACUUUGAGUACGAUGACUUCAAGUCUCUCAGAGCAAAGAUGUCCUGUGGUCAUGCUGUCACUCCGAUGUCUCUCACCAACUGGUGUCGCAGGUUGCUGGAAAAGGGUGAGUGCAGAUUUGUGUGUGGCCAAACUAACUGUGAUGCUGAGUGGCCAUAUGAGGAGGUGUGUAAAAUGGCUCUUCUAACCAAAGAAGAAAUGAAGUACUUUGAAAAGAAACUGUUCAGUAAUGCUGCCAAGGAUUACUUGAAUGUCAAAAUAUGUCCUGGCUGCAAGUCUCGUGUGGUGAGAUCGGCUCUCUCCAACCUGUGUGUCAAAUGCACAGUGUGCACAGCUGACAAAAAGAGGACUUAUAUGUUCUGCUGGCAGUGUUUGAGGGAAUGGAAAGGUCCGGCUCCACGUUCGGACCGCUGUGAAAAUGAUGGCUGCAUCAAUCACCAACUAGAAACGCUGAGAAACUGUCCAGAUAUCAUCUUUGAGGAUGUGAAGGGGGUCAGUGGCUGUCCCUGCAUCCGUGCCUGUCCCACCUGUGGUUUUCUGGUGGAGCAUGACAAGACUCAAUGUAAAAACAUCAUAUGUCCCAGAUGUAAGGUGGAGUUCUGUUUUGUGUGUCUGGAUCUCACUGAAGAGUGCCUGGAGCUCACUGAAGAGAGCCUGGAGCUCACUGAAGAGAGCCUGGAUCCAGACAUAGCCCCACAUUACCUACUUUGCUCCAGUGGUGUAGCACCUAGACAGACCUCUAUACCUGUGUGGCAGAGGAAAUAAUUCUGUUGAUUUAACAUUGUGAUCUCAAGAAAAACCUUUUUUUUUUUAAAGGUUCUUCAUAAUGCCAAUGAUCAUAACUAUUGUUACUCAGACAGGGUGGGUCUGAGGGGAUGAGCAGGUCCUGGUCUGGGCCAAAGUGAAGUCAGGAAGUAUCACAGUAUGUAGAUCUUUUACAGCGUAUGUACCAACUACUAUAGGCAGCAAAGCCCAGCUUGCCUUGUGAUGACAUUACCUUUCGUCAGGGCAGAAAACUAAACCAACCCUGGUGUCUUUGUACUGUAGAGUUAAAAAGACAGCAAAGAAAACAUGAUAUGAAUAAAUGUCAAAUGUGAACCAUGAAUCUGCUUAUAAAAGGUGCUGUAAGUAGCUAAAUAUACUAAAUAUGAUAUACUAAAGUCUAGCUUUAGUAUAGAAAGUACAAAGUAAAAGUACAAAGAAAGGCGCUAGUUAAGAUCCACACUCCUUUGAAUACCAUACUUUUUAACUCCAAGACAAAGGCCCCACCUACUGGUCAUUGCUCUUACUUACAGUCCACUAAAGCCAAAUCAAGAUUUUUUGACCCACUUUUGUUCCAUGUAAUUAUUCUGUCCUUCCAUCAUGGGCCAUUUUAAAAUUCACUGAGUCAAAUGUUUUAUUGUGAAUGCAAUCAUGUAUUGAGCUACUGAUAAUGUUAGAUAAAUUCUAUAACUACAAAAUAAAACUUGCCUAAAAUUUCA